ACAUGCAGCAGAUGGUGCGUUAAGAGUCAAACGAAGGAAAAUAUGUUUCGAAAUAAGGAAGAAUCAAGGCCGAUUAUUUCUUUAGGCCGAAGAUCAGAUCCCUAUACUCUUUGUAGUGACUCUGAAGAUGAUUUUGAAGAGAUCGAGUUCGAUAAAGCUGUUUUUGAGCGCCGAUAUAAAUAUGAGUAUGAACCGUCAAGGAAGACUGUGGCCAAGCGACGCCUGUUCUUUUGCCUCUUGUUUACGAGUUUUAUUAGUAUUCUAGGCGCAGUUUUGUACUACUACUUUUCCAGGCAGGUCCUACAGAUGCAGAGGAGAAUAAAGAAUGAUGAAUUAAAGGUUAAGAUCAAUGGGGGUUUUAUUCAUGGCGUUUUGGAGGAAGAUGUUUUCGUUUUCAAAGGCAUCCCUUACGCCAAGCAUCCACAGCGAUGGCAACCUCCUUCUAGUUGUGGCUGGAAUGACUGCUGGAAUGGAACCUUCCAGGCAUCAGAAUUCGGUAAAGAAUGCGUUCAGGCUAGAUAUAACACAGACCAAGGAAAUAUCGAAGCAAUGGGGACUGAAGAUUGUUUAUUUAUAAAUGUUUGGACACCAACGACGGCAAGUAAAAAGAGGUUGCCAGUUAUGGUGUACUUACAUGGGGGCGGUCUGUUAUCUUCUUCCGGCCAUGAAAACGGUCUUCACCCAACACCAGAGAUGAUCACAGAUAUGGAAAUAGUUGGCGUAAGUCUUAAUUACAGGCUGGAUGCUUUUGGAUUUCUAGCACUGGGUAUUCUAAGUAAAAGUUCAAGUAGGAAUACAUCUGGCAACUAUGGGUUUAUGGAUCAAAUUUUGGCCCUUCAGUGGGUCCGUGAAAAUAUUGCACAGUUUGGAGGAGACCCUGAUAAAGUGACUAUACUUGGGCAGGGAUCUGGUGGAACUUCAGUGCUAGCAUUGCUGGCAUCUCCAAUGGCUAAGGGGUUGUUUCAGCAGGCGAUUGCCUUGAGUCCUUCAGCAGACAUAACAAAAACAUCAUCAGAAGCUGCUAAAGACAAUGAAAUUUUGUUAACCAAUGCAAAAUGUGCUGGAAAUGCUUCAAUGAAGUUGCAAUGCUUGCAUACAUUAUCACCUCAACAGAUACUCAAAGCCAGUCCUUGGAAUGCAUACCAUUAUAAACAAAAAGACAGCAGUAGAGACUUUCCAACCAAAGCCAUCUUUCCUCAUGCUAUUGCUGUUAUUGAUGGUUAUGUACUACCAUCAGCACCAGCAAUUGCUAUCAAAUCAGAUGAUAUCAAUGAUGUACCCCUCAUCCUUGGCAAUACUGCUCAGGAAAUAGAUGACAGACCAAAGAAAAAUUUUCAGAACUCAUCCUUAGGACAAUUUAAAGCUUAUGCAAAAACAAAACUUUCACCAUUUUUAGGCACGAACAGUUCAUCUAAGUUGGAGAGAAUAUUCAAUUCAUAUAAGAUAGAAACUUCAAAUAAAUCUGCUCAGUACUGUUAUACAACAAUGGUUUCUGAUAUUCGUGAGGUCUGUCCUGUGGAAUACUUUGCCAUUACUGCUGUAAAGCACUUCAUAAGUCCUGUAUACAGAUAUGUGGUCACCAGCACUCCAUCACAUGACAUCCAUCUUCUACGAGGAAAUCCCAAGUAUUCAUUUCACAUGUGGGAUCUGAUUGCCUUUUAUAACUUUUUUAAGCCUUUUAAAUACAAACCCUCAGAACAGGACAUAAAAUUCAAGAAACUUUUAAGGACUGAAUUGAGACAUUUCUUUUAUAACGGUGAAGUAAAGAGCCAUACUUGGCUCAAGCAUCCUAAAUCAACAGCUAUUUUUAGUAACAAAGGACUCGAAAUAAUCCCAAAAAUAUAUCAUAAGGAAGAAUGUACGUUUUGGUUAGUUAAUGGCUUUGCACCUUAUGCUUGGGUUAAUUAAUUUCUUAGAAUGAGUCUAGAUUUUUAUUUGAAUGUUUGUAUAACUUUCUUAACCAUGGACAAGUUUUUCUACUAUAUACUGAAUGAUUAAUAAAUGUCUUUAUAAUUCUUUUGAA